AUGGCUCCUCAAGGAUUCCGCCUCUGGACCGACAUGGCCGCCAUCGAUCGUGCUCUGCAAUCUCGGCAGGCUUUCCUCGCUACUGUCAACAAUGCCAAUCAGGGACGCGCUACUGAGAUCGUCCCUGAGAUCGUCCAAGAGAAUGAGGACGGCGACGUCCAGAUGGUCGACGAUGACGAAGAAGUGUUUGUGCAGUAUUACCGAUAUGGCAGCAGCUCCACCAACCCGAUCAUGGUCGAGUCUGACGAUGACGACGACGACCACGACGACGUUUCAAUCAAAGAUGAGCCACUCGAGGAACCUCCAAGCUUCCUCACAAGCCUUCCCAACGAAGUGCUUCUGAACAUCAUGGACGUCUGCCCUUCAGCCGACCUUCUGAGCCUCACCAGAACCUGCCGUCGCUUCCGCGAAGUGCUCUCUCUCCGCGGCGCCAAGCGCUCCAAGGACUUGCGCAACACCCAACGAGAUCGUCUCGCCACCGAAACGGAACCGAUCAACUUCACCGGCAUGAACCUCGCGACUGCCAUCCGUACGCAUUACGCCAUGUACAACAAACCCGACCCAAGCCAGUACGACGAGUCUGCCAAUUACUUGGCUCUGAAGUACGUUGACGCCAACCACGUGGACGACCAGGACGCUUCCAACGAGGAUGAUUCCGGCGAGAUUGUGGUGCAACAGUUUGAUGACCUCGCCGCUGAGCGUCUUGACGAAGAGGGCAUCGACGAGGAGGAUAUCGACGAGGAGGACAUCGACGAAGAGGACAUCGACGAGGAGGAUCUCGACGAAGAGAGUAUGGACGAAGAGGGUAUGGACGAAGAGAUUGAUCUCCCAAUGGAUGAUGAGUGGCGUAUUGACGGGGAGGAAAUGUAUGAAUUUCAGGACGAUACUGCCGGUGAUGCUCCGUGGACCCUCCGCGACUACAAGCACCGCUUCUACCACAAUCUGAUCAAGUACGUCCUCUGGAUCGACCACGUCCACAAAUUCAACUUGGACUACGAAGCCAUGCGCCCCUGCUUCGAACCUCAAUUCAACCAUCGGCCAGCCGAGGAACUUUCCGAAGAUUUGCUCGCGCGACUCGGUAAAUGGCUCGCCGAACCCUUUCUCCCGGUCAAGGACAUGCCACAACUCUGCAUCGAGAGGGAUAUCAAGGACUUCCGCACCAACUCCAUCAUCGCCAAGAUACCAGACUCGGAGACGAGCGAGCUACGCGAAGAGAUCUUCUGGGAAGCCGUCAAAGCCGGCCUGCGAUCUACCGCCUCCACCUACGACCUCCGGAAAGACUCCGCCUUGCACAAGCGCUUAGGACUCCCGCGUCUUCGAAGGCAUCAAUUUCCAACCCGUGCUUUCCGAUACUAUGCCCCCAAGGCAUCCCAAUUCUCGGAGGAUGUACGUGCUGGGCGGGUCAAACACGCGGGAUAUCAGGCGAGACUGAGGAAGAACUGGCCAAAGGCGGCGCACUAUGCGUAUGCGCUGUGUAGACGUUUGAGAAAGAAUGAGGGGAGUCGGGUGCGGGACAAUCUGAUCAAGGCGGCGAUGAUGGAGGGAUUGGAGACGUGUUUUGAUUCAGGGAACCCCUUCCGUUGGGGAUGA